AUGGCUGCAGCACCACAAGGAAUGCCCGAUCUAUCGAAUGCGAUUGUUGCUCAAGAUGAAAUGGGGAGACCAUUCAUUAUAGUUAGGGACCAAGGAAAGAAACAAAGAAAACAUGGAAUCGAAGCAACCAAAUCGCAUAUACUAGCAGCUAGAUCAGUUGCCAAGAUUGUUAAAAGUUCUUUAGGACCUCGUGGACUUGAUAAAAUCUUGAUCAGUCAAGAUGGUGACAUCACUAUUACCAAUGACGGUGCAACAAUUCUUUCGCAGAUGGAUUUGGAUAAUCAAAUUGCAAAGCUUUUAGUGGAGUUGUCAAGGUCUCAGGAUGAUGAAAUUGGUGACGGUACAACGGGUGUUGUUGUAUUAGCCAGUGCCUUGUUGGACCAAGCGUUGGAAUUGAUUGAAAAGGGAAUACACCCCAUCAAGAUUGCCAAUGGGUUUGAUGAAGCAUGUAAAAUUGCCGUUGAACAAUUGAAUACUGUUGCAGACGAAGUCACAAUUGAUAACAAAUCUAACCUUUUGAAGGCCGCCAAAACCUCGCUAGGCUCCAAAAUUGUUUCAAAAGCUCAUGACCACUUUGCGCACAUGGCAGUUGACGCCGUUCUUGCUGUCGCUGAUAUAGAUAGAAAAGAUGUUGAUUUUGAACUAAUCAAGGUUGAGAAGAAGGUUGGUGGAUCAGUGGAAGACUCCAAGUUGAUCAAAGGUGUUUUAUUAGACAAGGACUUUAGCCAUCCACAAAUGCCCAAGGAGGUCAAAGAUUGUAAAAUAGCCAUCUUGACUUGCCCAUUUGAACCUCCCAAGCCAAAAACAAAACACAAGUUGGACAUUUCGACUGUCGAAGAAUUCAAGGUAUUACAAGAGUACGAACAGAAGAAGUUCCAAGAGAUGAUCGACCUGGUAAAAGAAUCUGGUGCAAAUGUUGUUGCUUGUCAAUGGGGGUUUGACGAUGAAGCAAACCAUUUAUUACUCGCAAAUGGAUUAAAUGCAAUUAGAUGGAUUGGAGGAUCUGAGUUGGAGCUUUUGGCAAUUGCAACCAAUGGUCGUAUAGUUCCUAGAUUUGAAGAUUUGAGUGCGGCUAAGUUGGGUAAGGCAGGAGUUAUUAAAGAGUUGGAAUUCGGAACAACCAAAGACCAUAUGUUGGUGAUUGAAGAAUGCUCCAACACAAAGGCAGUCACUUGUUUCAUUAGGGGGUCAAACGAAAUGAUUAUCUCCGAAGGAGUUAGAGCAUUGCAUGAUUCUUUAUGUGUCGUGCGUAACUUGAUCAGGGAUAACAGAGUUGUGUAUGGUGGAGGUGCGGCCGAAAUCUCCUGUUCUUUAGCAGUAUCGGAGGCUGCCGACAAGCAAACGGGAAUUGACCAGUAUGCAUUUAGAGCUUUUGCUGGUGCAUUAGACACAAUUCCAUUGACAUUGGCAGAAAAUUCAGGAUUGGAUCCAAUCGAAACGUUGAGCUACCUCAAGGCAAAGCAAAUCAAUGAGAAUAACUCACGUUUGGGUGUUGACUGUCUAGGUAAUGGGACCAAUGACAUGAAAGACUUAUUUGUUAUUGAUCCGUUAAUUGGAAAGAAGCAGCAGUUGUUGUUGGCCACGCAGUUGACCAGAAUGAUUUUAAAGAUCAAUGAUGUGAUUAUCAGUGGUACUGAUGAGUAUUAA